AAACGCAGACUUGUUUGAUGACGUAUACAGGAAAUGCAAACUGGUUUCAAAAUAGUCUCACUGAACAUUUUCUAGCGUUUGUUUUUAGUCAAAAGGGCUACUUUUUCCUCACCAGAGUAAUGCAAACGUGGAGUCUUGUGUCAAUUUGUGUUUUACUCGGCGUUGUUGUGAGAUGGGGUGUAUCGUUAAACUCAUAUUCAGGUGCAAAGAAACCUCCAAUGUUUGGAGACUAUGAAGCCCAAAGACACUGGCAAGAAGUGACUUACAACCUUCCUGUGCAGGAAUGGUACUUUAACAAUACUGACAAUGACCUGAACUACUGGGGUCUCGACUACCCUCCUCUCACUGCUUACCACAGCUGGAUCUGUGCUUAUAUAGCCAAGAUUAUAAACCCUGAAUGGGUGGAGCUACACAGAUCCAGAGGUUACGAGAGUCCAGCGCAUAAGUUAUUCAUGCGAACCACAGUCUUGGUAGCAGAUGUGUUGAUAUACAUUCCUGCAGUUGUUUUGUACUGUCUGUACCUGGCUGAUGGCUCCUCCAAGAAGAAGGUUUCCACUCUUUUCUGCUUCCUUCUUUAUCCCGGACUAAUUCUUAUCGACCACGGCCAUUUCCAGUACAACGGGGUGAGCCUGGGCUUUGCCCUGUGGGGGGUCCUGGCUCUGGGUCUGGGCUGGGAUGCUUUGGGCUCUAUGGCCUUCUCCCUGGCUCUCAACUACAAACAGAUGGAGCUGUAUCACGCUCUGCCUUUCUUCUGUUAUCUGCUGGGAAAGUGUGUAAAAGAUGGCCUGAUGGGGCGUGGGCUUUUCUUGUUGGUGAGAAUUGCUGCAACUGUGUUGGCGACCUUUGCCCUCUGCUGGCUGCCCUUCCUGUCCGACCCUAGCCAAGCCUUGCAGGUGGUCAGGAGGAUUUUUCCCGUGGGUCGUGGUCUGUUUGAGGAUAAGGUGGCCAACACAUGGUGCAGCUUGAACACCCUGAUAAAGAUCAGAUCCAUUCUGUCAGGCGACUUUCAGCUUUACCUCAGCUUUGCCCUCACUAUCCUGGCAGUUCUACCCUCCUCUAUCCGGCUUCUGACCAAACCCACCUUCUGGAACUUUAAACUGGCUCUGGUCAACUCAUCACUGGCCUUUUUCCUCUUCUCCUAUCAAGUCCACGAGAAGUCCAUCCUAUUGGUUGCUCUACCCAUUUGCCUCCUUUUGAAUGACCUCCCAUUUACGAGUGCUUGGUUCCUGCAGGCUUCUACUUUCAGCAUGCUGCCUCUUUUCCUGAAAGACGGCCUGCUGGUACCCUACGCUGUGACCUCAGCAGCUUUCCUGCUCCUCAGCAUCUGCUUACUGUCCGUGCUGGAUCACUGCUCAGAGGAAGAGAUGGAACUCUGCACCUACAAGAAACUUCUGUUCUGUCAUCCCAAAAUGGACCUGGCCUGUAUUGUGAGAUGGAAGUUCUACAUCAGCAUUGCUGCGAUGGCCGGUUUGAGCAUUCUGAGCGUAGCGCUGGAGCCCCCGAGACAUCUGCCGGACCUGUUUCCUGUUCUAGUGUCUACAAUCGCCUUCCUCCAUUUCUUGGGAACAUUUAUACAUUUCAACAUUCUUCAGUUCAGCAAGUUGCCGAGUAGAAAAAGGCAGAAGAAAAACAACUAAACACGAUUUUAUUCAUUUAAAGCCCACAAGAUGGUUACUCUUAUCAGGUUUUCUGUCAAAUAAAGAAAUAAAUGCCUAUUAAGGAGAUCGUUGUAAGAGCUCCAGGCAGACAAUUGACACACUAUUGUGUGUGUGUGUGUGUGUGUGUGUGUGUGUGUGUGUGUGUGUGUGUGUGUGUGUGCGUGCGUGCGUGCGUGCGUGCGUGCGUGCGUGUGCGUGCGUGCGUGCGUAGUGUGUCAUUGCCCCAUCUUGUUGGCAGCGUUGGCAUCAACACUCAGAUUAACAUUGGCAUCAACACUCAGAUUAACACGAUGAUCUGAACUAAAAUCUGUCUGUGGAACAAUUUGUACUCAUAAAAACUUUCAUUUGUGACAAUUUUCUACUUUUUGCAUUUUGAGACAUAAUUAAAGUUAUUUUGUACAAACAUG